GACCGCCAGAGAAUGAAAUGGAAUCGAAUGAUGAACCAACGACGGAUUAAUUAGUUGAGCUCCACAUAAAGCACGCCCUAACCACCCCUAAAACCAAGGGAAACCUUCUCUUCCUUCCAUUGGUCUCCGUCUUCCUCCUCGGCCACACCCGACACACACACAGAGCGAGCGCGCCGGACAUUAUUGCGCCACUUCCACACGCGUGGACACGGGCCGCGUGCAGCUGCAGUGCAUGCACGGUUUCCUCUCCGCGACCAUCAUCACCAGCGCCGUCCCCGUGCCCUGUCCUCACCUGAGCGCCAUCGUAUCAUCCACAAGACGAGCAAGCAAGAGCAAGAGGUAAGGAAUCCCAUGGAGCAGUACGAGGUGGUGGAGCAGAUCGGCCGGGGCGCCUACGGCACCGCCUACCUCGUCCACCACAAGGCCGAGAAGAAGAGGUACGUGAUGAAGAAGAUCCGGCUGACAAAGCAGAACGACAAGUUCCAGCGGACCGCCUACCAGGAGGUAAUCACUCAAUCACCUCAAACCUUAAUAAACCCUCCCCUCGCCUCAGCUCACCAGUUCGUGGGUCUGCAGAUGUCCCUCAUGGCCAGCCUCAGCAACCCCUACAUCGUCGAGUACAAGGACGGAUGGGUCGACGAGGGGACCUCCGUCUGCAUCGUCACAAGUUACUGCGAAGGAGGUGACAUGGCGCAGAGGAUCAAGAAGGCAAGAGGCGUCCUCUUCUCGGAAGAGAGGGUGUGCCGGUGGUUCACACAGUUGCUCUUGGCCCUUGACUACCUGCACUGCAACCGCGUGCUCCACCGUGACCUCAAGUGUUCCAAUAUCUUGUUAACCAAGGAUAACAACAUACGACUUGCUGAUUUCGGGUUAGCAAAAUUACUCAUGGAGGAUCUUGCGUCGUCGGUAGUAGGAACCCCAAACUACAUGUGCCCAGAAAUACUCGCGGACAUACCUUAUGGUUACAAAUCUGAUAUAUGGUCGCUUGGUUGCUGUAUGUUCGAGAUUUUAGCACACCGCUCUGCAUUCAAAGCUACAGACAUGGCAACAUUAGUCAACAAAAUAAACAGAUCGUCAAUAUCCCCAAUGCCCCCAAUAUACUCAUCGUCACUGAAGCAGAUAGUUAAGAGUAUGCUGAGGAAAAAUCCAGAACAUAGACCAACUGCUGGGGAGCUAUUGAGACACCCAUAUUUCCAGCCGUAUCUGGCUGAAUCAAUCAACUGCUCUCCAAUCUACCUUCCAGUAAAACCCAACAAGAGUAACCUGGGAGACAAGCAGUCAAGAAAACCAAGUGGCGGCAGAAAGAGAGUCGGCAAAGCCAACGGAUCCAGCGAAGCAUUACAAGCAGCAGCAGAGCAAACAGCGGAAACAAGAGACAGCUCGACAAACUAUUCAGAUCUAUCAACUGUUGGUACCCAGGAUCCCUGCAUUUUGCAAAUGUCAGUGGAUCCUGAAGCCAGAAACAAGGAAGAGCUAACAGCUCAUGUUUUAUCACCUCAACAUGUAGAGGAGAAUUUGGCAGCAACAACUGAUGGACAGAUUGAUGAGACAAUACGUCUUAAAACUAUCAGAACCCGCAGUCCAGUAGAGGCUGCGCCGGUUAACAGUGCAAGUCAAAAGCUUAAUGAGGUACCAGUACCAAAUGAGGAAAUGACGAUUGGAGUGGUGCAAGAGCACAGGAAGGAUGUGAAGACAGAGUCUUGUCAAGGAGUAAAACAAGGCAUGGGUGAUGUAGAUGUUGUGACGGAGGAAUCAUCACCAGUGAGCACGCUGAAAUUGGGAAAUGCAGGCAGCGCACCUGCCGAGUUUGAUCAUCUGAACAUAGUGCAGCAGAGAGCUGAUGCUCUGGAGUCACUUCUUGAGAUCUGUGCAAAGCUCCUGGAGCAGGAGAGGCUUGAUGAGCUCGCAGGUAUUCUUCGACCAUUUGGCGAAGGAGCCGUGUCAUCUAGAGAGACCGCGAUAUGGCUGACAAAAAGUCUCAUGACUCCACCAAAGUUUGGAGGGUCCCCAUGACUGAUCUAGUGGAUAGAAUUUGAGAAUCUUGUGUGAGUGAGUGUUCCCUGUUUGGAGAGUGUAUAUAGCUUCACUGAAGUUCAUGAUUCUUGUUACUGAGGCUUGAGUUUAUUUAUGUUGAUGUAUAUGGUUUUCAUGACUGCGCACAUCUGUGUGCACUAACUAUUCAGUUAUGAAUAAUCCUUUGUACAACAUCACCUGCUGAUUGUGUGCUUCUACAAGGUUUCAAGUAAUAAUGGAGACCAUAGUGAUUUCAUUCCCAA